UUCUUCCUUUUCGUGCGGCCGUGUCACCGCGUGGUUUUCACAGCCGCGUUUCCAAAGUGAAACAAAUUCAAAAUGGCAAUCAGACCUGUGUAUAGGCCGACAAUCGUCAAAAAGAGGACGAAAAGAUUCAUCAGACAUCAAUCGGAUCGCUAUGACAAACUUAAACGGAACUGGCGGAAACCAAGAGGUAUUGACAACAGAGUCCGCAGGCGCUUCAAGGGACAGUACUUGAUGCCAAGCAUCGGUUACGGUUCAAAUAAGAAGACUCGUCACAUGCUACCCAACGGUUUCCGUAAGGUCUUAGUCCACAAUGUCCGCGAGCUGGAGAUCCUCAUGAUGCAGAACAGGAAGUACUGCGCAGAAAUAGCGCACGGCGUCUCGUCCAAGAAGCGGAAGACCAUCGUGGAGCGCGCGCAGCAGCUCAGCAUCAGGGUCACCAACGCCGCCGCCCGCCUGCGCAGCCAGGAAAACGAAUAGACUAUUGUGAUUAAAUAAAUAAACUAC